AUGCCCGCGACAACCGCGGAAACUCUAUCCCUGGUGAGCAGACAGGUCUCCGUCGCUCCUUUGGUACUUCUCUCGGUCGCCGAUCAUUAUGGCCGAUCAGCAAAAGGAACCCGGAAAAGAGUGGUCGGAGUGCUUUUAGGACAGAACGAUGGAAAGAAUGUCCGGGUAUCAAACUGUUUCGCAGUGCCUUUUGAAGAAGACGAAAAAGACCCUUCAGUAUGGUUUCUCGACCACAACUACGUCGAAUCAAUGCGAGAAAUGUUCAAGAAGGUCAAUGCCAGGGAGAAGUUGAUCGGGUGGUAUCACUCCGGCCCAAAACUUCGGGCAUCUGACUUGGAGAUCAAUGAGCUCUUCAAACGAUACACCCCCAACCCCUUACUCGUCAUCAUCGAUGUUCAGCCGAAGGAGGUUGGUGUGCCCACAGACGCAUACUUCGCCAUCGAAGAGAUCAAAGAUGACGGCACAACCACAACCAAGACCUUUGUACAUACGCCGUCUAUCAUUGAAGCCGAAGAAGCCGAAGAGAUUGGAGUCGAACACCUUCUAAGAGACAUCCGGGAUAUUGCUGUCGGUACUCUCUCCUCUAGAAUUACCCAACAGCUACAGUCCCUCCAAGGCCUUCAUCUCCGCUUAAAAGACAUCGGCACGUACCUACAGAAGGUUCUCGAUAGCGAGUUACCCAUCAACCACGCCAUCCUUGGUAACCUCCAGGAUAUCUUCAAUCUCCUCCCUAACUUGACUACCCCUCCCGCGUCGACGCCCAAUGCUCCGAAUCAAGUCGAAAACAGUGACCUGGCUCGUGCGAUGACUAUCAAGGUCAACGACCAGCAAAUGACAAUUUACCUAAGCUCCCUCGUUCGCGCCAUCACCGCUUUCCACGAUCUCAUCGACAACAAAAAUCAGAACCGGCAACAGCAAGAAGAUGAGGCUGAAAAGAAAGAGGGCGACAAAGAGAAAGAGAAGGAUGGCAAAAAGUCGACUUCAAAUGGCGCCGUGAAUGGUGAUAAGAAGGAAGCCGAGGAAAGCGCAAUGGGCAAAGGCAGGAAGAAAAGCUAG